CAAACUUGUCAAUAUAUAAAUCAGAGCGCAGACCUGGGUGUAUAGAGAGACACUUAUCUCCAGCCCACCACAGGUACAGAGCACUGGCGGCACAGAGCCAGUAUCCAACCUGUCAUCGGUCAACUCCGAAUAACCAGCAAUCCAACAAGUCUUCGCUAUUAUCUGUGUUAAAAUGCAUGGGAUCAUUGCCCCUAAGUGAAAUUAUCAUGUAUAGGCUGUCUUCUACCCAAAAUAACAUUCGCCUUUCCAUCACCAUUUCGGAGGUGCCAAGACAUUUAGCUCUGCUCGUACCACGCCGAGACAAAAGUAACGACAAGCGAAUCUCGAACUUUCGAACUUCACAUUAACACAACACUCGAUUAGCCAUGUCACUCUCAAAACUUCCAAACGAGCUAUUGGAUAACAUAGUACUCUAUUUGGAUACCGAAAAGGAUAUUGCGGCAAUUGCAAGAACAAAUUGCCGCUUCCAUGCCCAUCUAAACAGCUACCUCUACAGCUACAACAUUCAACACUCCAAAGCCUCUGGGCUUCUAUGGGCCGCUGAGGACCAAAAGUUGGAAACUAUUCAUAAAUUCUUCGCUGAGAAUCAAAAGACAAUUCCUACGGAAUAUUUGACAACACCACUAUGCGCGGCGGCUUCGGGUGGGCACGCGAAAGCCGUGGCCUGUCUGCUUGACAACGGAGCCUCAAUCAAUGCCCGUAAACCGAGGGAAGCAGAUGCUGGUAUGCAGGCAACUGCAUUGCUCUCAGCUUGUUCAGCGCAAUGCAUGGGUGUGGUGAAAGUGCUGCUAGAGAGGGGCGCGAACACUCACCUGGUUGAUUUGGGCGAUGGGGAGGAAUGGUCCCCACUGCAAAUAGCCAUCAUGAAGAAGAAUGUGGAAUUGGUGGCGCUGCUUCUUGAUCACGGCGCAGACGUCAAUGAGCCGGUCAGUACAGCAAAUCGUGAUGAAAGCAGCGAUGAGGACGACUGGGUUGACGAUGAUCCGGAGGAGGAUACUACAAAAAGAAGUAUUCCGUUGAAUUUGGCGUGCGAAGAAGGCUUUGAAGAGAUUGUUAGGAUAUUGCUCGCAAAGGGUGCGAAGACUGAUGGGGUGAGCGGCACCUACGGUACUGCACUUCAGGCUGCUGUAGAUGGGGGCCACGAGGACAUCGUGAAGCAGCUCCUCGACCAUGGAGCCGACGUCAAUGCUGAGGGAACAUACUACCUAAAGUCGGUAUACGCCCACCACAGUGACACUCCGCUUUGUGGAGCAGCAGAGAAUGGGUUCAUGGGGAUUGCAAAGCUUCUCCUGAAGAAGGGAGCACAAGUCAACGCGAAUGGGGGUCUAAAUGGCAACCCUCUUCAAGCAGCCGCACAAGGUGGCCACACUGAAAUGGUCGAGCUUCUUCUUAACCAUGGAGCGGAUGUCAACGCGCAAGCUCCCUACUUCGACUACGGCAUGUACGAAUUUUGGCAGGUCGGUGCUCUUUACAUCGCUUCUUUGGCAGGACACGUGGAUGUAGUGGAGCUGCUUCUUAGCCAGGAGGGUAUCGACGUCAACCUUGCUGGUGGACACUAUGGCAACGCCCUUCAAGCCGCUGCAUCACGCAACUGGGUGGGUAUAGUCGAACUCCUGCUAGAGAAGGGAGCUGAUGUUAACGCGCACGGUGGAUAUUAUGAGACAGCCGCCAAGGCUGCUGCAGAGCAAGGUUUCGAUGAGCUGUGCAAGAUGCUUGAAUCCUAUGCAAAAAUGAACAUCGAGCCUGCCUCCAAUCACUCGUAA